GCGUUAGAAUGAUAUCUGCCUCUGUUAAAUCUUUACUCCCGGGGUGUUUUGAUAUAUUUUGACAUUCUUGUAGAGGUGAAGAAAGGAACAGCAUCUUAAGACUCGCUGGCCUUCUACGUGACUCGUCGUCAAAAUGAAGAACAUGAAUCACUUCCUGUCGAUAUUGCUCAUGGUUACGACAAUUUUCCUCAGCAAGACAUCCGUUGAAGGCUGUGGGGGAAUGUUGAAUGGCACUUCGGGAACAUUUCGAAGUCCUGGAUAUCUCACUCAACUGAAAUACGACGACAACCUGGACUGCUCAUGGACUUUGCUGAUUCCUUCUGAUGGAUAUUUAACUCUUAUUUUCGUAGAGUUCGAAACGGAGGAGUGUUGCGAUUUCGUUACGUUGACUGAUAGUGUUGGUAAGACCAUAGCAACUUUAAGCGGCGAUAAGCAAAAUUACGAAGUGGCGGUAAAUGGAAGUACAACUCAGUUGGUAAAAGUAACCUUUACUUCCGACUCGUCUGUCAGACGGAGAGGAUUUCUGGCUCAGUAUCUCAUAGAACUACCUCCAUCAAGUUCGUCCGUUAUGAGUUCCAGUCCGAUGGUUACUUCCUCCACACCGGUCACAGAAAUGCCAUCAUUGAGUUCUCCAGCUCAUUCAGUUAUGAGCCAUCUUUUUAUCUCGUCUUCGACAGCCUCAUUAAUACCAGCAAUGAGUUCACCAAUAACUUCUGAAAACCAAUCUUCGUCAUUCACAGGGAUACUAACAUCACCUACUUCCUCUCAAAACCAAUCCAUGUCAGCAACAGAACAACCAACAUUGAGUUCAGCUGCACCUUCAAUACUAAGUUCUCCUCCGACACUGAGUUCACUUGUGCCAUCAGUUUCCAGUUCCUCUCACUUAAUGUCGACUCUAGUUACAGAAUUACCAAUAUUAAGUUCUGCUCCUUUCACCACCUUAACAGUGGAACCAUCCAGUGUCACAUUUACUCCUGUGACGUCAUCUUCAACAACUCCAGAACUGACUUUACCACCUGAGGUUCAGACAGUGCUUGUUAAUUUGCUCUCGUCUGUGAGUCAAAUAAUUUUGAGGCUUCAAACGCUUCUUCAAGGACCAAUUUCUCCCGAAGACUUUGCAAACUUUCGAAACGAAACGAUAGACAUUUUGAAGCAAAUUGAGAACUCAUUAGCCGGCCCAACAACAUCCCCGGCUAAUAACAGGCAGAUGGCCAAGCGAGACAUACGGGAAUUUCCAGAUACACGAGAACUGCUGGAACUACUGAACAAAAUUCACCAAAAAUUGUUGGCUUGAAGUUGCACCUCUCUGAAUAACUUUGCAAGCCUUAAAUAUAGCUGGUUUUCUAUCGACUAUGAGACGAUGGAACACUCAUUUUGAAGUCACUCAUAGUGGAACUUUUUAUCGAACAGUGGAAGAUUCACUGUGUUCUUUUGACUCAUUUAAUGAACCAUUGUAAGUUUUCAUGUGUCGACUCUUAACUUGUUGAUUUUCCUUGAUAAAUUUGCGGAAACCGAGUUCCAGUUUAACUGAGAACUUUCCUGAAUGUAACAUAUAUUGUGCUCAGUUUAUUCGGUUGAGCCGAAGCUUUUUCAUAUGGAACCAAGAAAAAAAUA